AUUGUCCCCGUGGUGUUGAGCAGGUAGAGGCAUGGGUCGUUGAGGCGGCUUAAGGUUUACCUCUUCCAUCAUGACUGGCAGAUACACAAGGCUCCUCCAUCAGAGUAGUAUGAGCGAGGCGCGAUGAAGCGAGGUAGAGAACAGAUCCCGGAGGAGGAACCUCUCUCCAAACGCAUCAACAACCUCCACCUGGACGGCUCCUCUGCCAUGCUCAACGGCUCGGCCUCCCCGGGCACCUCUCACGCCCCGUCUCUUCUGGGCGAAAACAACGGCAAUACCAUUCAAGAGAGGUUGGCGGGCAUGCCGAUCGUGCCCAUGACCAACGGACUCGUCAACGGCACGUCGGGCCACGGCGGUGCGGGGAGUUUAAACGACCUGGAGAGGAUGAGAAACGAGCUGAUAGCCCGGAGAGAACUGCCCGAGUCUCUCAACGUAGUGUACCCGAGCCUCAACCCUUCGGACAAUGACCAAUAUUUUAGUUUUAAUAAGGUACUGCAUGAGUUACAUAUUGAAAAGUUGAAAAGGAUUGGUAAAGUCCCACUAGGAAGUUUAUAGUGAAGUGAGUAACAACCUUCUUCAAAACUUGUAAUGUAAUACAGUGGUCCCUCGGUUAACGAGCACAAUUCGUUCCAGAAGGUUGCUCGUUAACCGAAAAAUUCAUUAACCGAAACCAUUGUUUCAAUGGGUUUUUGGGUAAUUGGUUCCAGCUCACCGAAAAUUACAUACAAAC